UUUCGCGAGCAGACGAAUUUGUAAACGCUGCUUCAUCGAGUUUCUAUCUUACGUGACUUCGUGCAAUUAUGUAACCAGACCAGGAUGAACUGAAAAGAACAAAAUGUGAACUGCAGGGGGAAAAUACAAGAUGGAAUGAAAUAAGGCUGAGGCAUGGACCUGUCCUGUGGAAUCCUUUUCGGGAAGUAUGCACUCCAAUGAUGUAUCAACUGGAACUUAUAAUGUCAGCUCUUAAAGCAUCACUGAUAAAUAUCCAUGAGGUCUGAGACAGUAAGGAGAGCUGGAGAUUUUCCAGAAAAGGAGAAGGAGGAAUUCGUGAGGGCACUGCCCGAAGCCACGCCUGUAGCCUCUCAAGCACAGCAGAGCUAUUCUGCUUACAUUGUUGGUCAUGCAAAAAGACAAGGACUGAAUAUUGAAGAACCUGUGGUGGGGACUGUGUCAAAGUGUGAUGUUUUCCAUGGAAUGAAAAGAAGACGAGGAGACAGUUUUGACUUUGAAAAUCUUUAUUCUCCUCUGUCAUGUGAUCAUCUGCCACAUCCAAGUAAGCUGAGAAAGUGUCAAGAAAGGAGAGCUGUGAAAAACAGUCAUGCUGUUGAAAAACACAUGUGCAUUGACUAUCAUCUGAGCCAACUAAGACAAAGGAACCAGAAAUACCAGCUUUGCAAAGAACAACAGACAUCAUCUCCCUUGGAAAACGCUGAGGAAACUAAAUUCCAGGAGCCAGAUGUGAACCUGAAUGUUGAGAGAGACCCGACAUGUGAAACACCCAGCUGGACAUCUUUUUCAGUGUCUGAACAUCUUCCACAACUCAAUCUACCAAACUUCCCCAGGAAGCAAAGCAGAUUUCCACUUUAUCAAACUGGCAGGAUCUUGCUGGGAUCAGCAUCUGUGGAACAAUUGCAGGAAGAGGAGCGAUGGUUUCGCAAGCUCUGGAAGCCAAAAAUCACUUCAAAACCUACUGAAGAAUGAUUCCAAAUGAUUCUUCAUUUUGAGUGUAAGAUUCCAAGAUCCAGUAUGUAGGAAAGACAAUUCAUGAAAUUCAUAAAAUUGGAUUGACAAUAUUAUGAGCUCUGUCAUCUUAAUGCUUCACUUUUGUUCCUGGUAGCAACAGCACUGUGAUCAUACUUCAGUCUCAGCUUGAACUAUGGUAUAACUUGAUAUAUUUUCAACAGUCAAGCAAAACUCAACAGACGAGAAUUUCUUCGAUACUUUUUCUAAAGAUUAUGAAGCAUUCAUUGUAUGUUGUUUUAUAUCUUUGGUUACACCAAACUGACAUUAUGAGCAGCAAAACAAGAACACAGCAUUACUUCCAUGCUUUCUUAAGUGUUAUGAUGAAUAAAACCAUAAUGCAAUAUA